AUGUCGUCCAACAAACGCAACUCGAUUAUGCCGGCUGCAUCCCAGGCCGGACCCAAAGCUCCAGUCCACUUCUCGUCGAGCAUCACAAUCCACGACUCGGCCAUCCUGUCCGGCAUGUACCCCAUCACCAUCUCGUCCGAGUCCGUAAUCCACCCGCGAGCCCGGCUGGAGAGCGAAGGCGGUCCCGUCAAUAUCGGCCGGCGCUGCAUCGUGCAGGAGCGAGUGCUCCUCGGGGCCGGUGGAAACCGGGCCGAGGGUUCUGUCACUCUAGGGGACUACGUCACGGUCGAGGCCGCUGCGAACAUAGAGUGCGGCGGUACCAUGAUUGGCGAGGGGACAACGGUCGGUGUUGGUUGCAAGAUCGGAUCGGGCGCGUUUAUCGGCAAGGCGAGUGCACAAGAGCCCCUCGAACGGGGUGGAUAUACGGACCGGUUCGAACACAGGCUGCGAAUGCUAACACAUGUUGAUUUGCAGUACUGCACGCUGACGCCCCGGUCUGUCAUUGCUCCCAAAGAACGGAUACCGGAUGGGACCGUAGUCUACUCAAACGGCAUGAGGCGAGCGGACAAACGUGGGAUCGCCGACCUCCGGAAAGAAGCGCAGGUUCGCCAAAUCGAGGCUCUGAGAAGAUUGAUACCUAGCACUCCGGCCAAAUUCCAAUGA